AUGGCGAGCAGUUCAACAAUCCAAGUAACAGAGGGCACAUAUUCUCAUCUUAGGGUUCUUCCUCACUUCACAGACCUCACUCCAUGGGGUAUAUAUCUUGGACAAUUCCAGUCAUACGGCGUCUACGACCGCAACCAUCUCCACAGCGCUCUCGGUUCCGAGCAGGAAGUAGAAGAUGACGAAGCAGCAACCUCCAACGGUACCAAACGUGUAUGCUUUAACUGCGGCGUGGAAUCGCAUGCAGUCUACAACUGCCCAAAGCCUCGAAACCACGAAUUAAUCGCCCUAUCUCGUGAUUUAUACAACUUCACCAAGGCUCAGUCAUCCCAAGUUUUGAUCGACUACAAACGUAUCCACGAAGUCGAGGGCUGGAGGCAGCAACGGCUCGAAUGGGUCAACUCAUUCACUCCUGGCGAGAUACGUGGGGAGCUUCUCAUUGAAGCGCUGGGACCCGAUGCACUCCAAGACGCCGAGUCACCCGCGCAGGAAUGGUUGGCGAACAUGGCCAUUUGGGGGUACCCUCCAGGUUGGGCUGCUCCACUGGAUCCACAGGAGGAAAUGCGGAGGAGGAUCAUGCUUGGUGAUGAUAAUCCCGAGCUGUCAGACGAUGAUCAUCACGACGAGCCCUUCCAGAUAUACGGAGAGGACGAAGAGCCGGAGCAAGUGUAUUUACGCCUCUUCAUCCCGGAUAUGGGGUUAGACUCCCACCACCGUACUCCUGGCUCGAACGGAACAUCACCAUCGAAAGACGAGGAACUCCGUGCCGACGAAUUGGAAAGCUCAGACUCUUCUAGCACUAUGCAGACAUCAAGUUCCAGCGAGGGAACCAGAUCUCCAUCCCCCUCAUCUCAGCAAUUACAGUUCAAGAGAUGGGCGAAAUAUCCAGCCACCCACUUCGCAUCCGAGCUGCUUCCCAUCUACAAUGGUACCGCUCUUCCAGCAGUACAACCAGCCUUCGCACAGGACUCUCUUGACCUCGGCUCCCAGGAAAUGGAGUACAUACGGGAUGUUAUGUGGUAUGAGAUUGUACAUAACCCCAAGUCAUGGAACGACUCGGAUCUCCCACCACCUCCAUCAUCCACUCCCCCGCCUUUGCCCCCGCCACCUCCCGAGCAUACGCCACCAUUGCCACCUUCCAAUACGCCGCCCCCUCUUCCAUCGUCCCAACCUCCCCCUCAACUCCCUCCGUCAAUUGAUGCUCACGAGGGUGAUGGCGAAGAAGACAUGCUGAUGUCGGAUUCCGACUCGGAAUAG